GGGCCGCGGCGGCGGCGGCGACCCCGCUCGGCGCAUUGUUUUUCCUCACGGCGGCGGCGGCGGCGGGCCGCGGGCGGGGAGCGGAGCCCGGAGCCCCCUCGUCGUCGGGCCGCGAGCGAAUUCAUUAAGUGGGGCGCGGGGGGGGAGCGAGGCGGCGGCGGCGGCGGCACCAUGUUCCCGGGGACUGCCUGAGCCGCCCGGCCGGGGCCCGGCCGCUGCCAGCCGGGCCCGGGGGGGCGGCCGGGCCGCCGGGGCGCCCCCGCCGCGGAGUGUCGCGCUCGGGAGGCGGGCAGGGGAUGAGGGGGCCGCGGCCGGCGGCGGCGGCGGCGGCGGCGGCCGGGGGCGGGCGGUGAGCGCUGCGGGGCGCUGUUGCUGUGGCUGAGAUUUGGCCGCCGCCUCCCCCACCCGGCCUGCGCCCUCCCUCUCCCUCGGCGCCCGCCCGCCUGCUCGCGGCCGCGCUCGCUCCUCUCCCUCGCAGCCGGCAGCGCCCCCGACCCCCGUCCGGGCCUUCGCCGGCCCGGCCGUCCGCUCCCGGGGCUGUUUUCGCGAGCAGGUGAAAAUGGCCGAGAACUUGCUGGACGGACCGCCCAACCCCAAACGAGCCAAACUCAGCUCGCCCGGCUUCUCGGCGAAUGACAGCACAGAUUUUGGAUCAUUGUUUGACUUGGAAAAUGAUCUUCCUGAUGAGCUGAUACCCAAUGGAGGAGAAUUAGGCCUUUUAAACAGUGGGAACCUUGUUCCAGAUGCUGCUUCCAAACAUAAACAACUGUCGGAGCUUCUACGAGGAGGCAGCGGCUCUAGUAUCAACCCAGGAAUAGGAAAUGUGAGCGCCAGCAGCCCCGUGCAGCAGGGCCUGGGUGGCCAGGCUCAAGGGCAGCCGAACAGUGCGAACAUGGCCAGCCUUGGUGCCAUGGGCAAGAGCCCUCUGAGCCAGGGAGAUUCUUCAGCCCCCAGCCUGCCCAAACAGGCAGCCAGCACCUCUGGGCCCACCCCCCCUGCCUCCCAAGCACUGAAUCCGCAAGCACAAAAGCAAGUGGGGCUGGCGACUAGCAGCCCUGCCACGUCACAGACUGGACCUGGUAUCUGCAUGAAUGCUAACUUUAACCAGACCCACCCAGGCCUCCUCAAUAGUAACUCUGGCCAUAGCUUAAUGAAUCAGGCUUCACAAGGGCAGGCGCAAGUCAUGAAUGGAUCUCUUGGGGCUGCUGGCAGAGGAAGGGGAGCUGGAAUGCCAUACCCUACUCCAGCCAUGCAGGGCGCCACGAGCAGCGUGCUGGCUGAGACCCUAACGCAGGUUUCCCCGCAAAUGACUGGUCACGCGGGACUGAACACCGCACAGGCAGGAGGCAUGGCCAAGAUGGGAAUAACUGGGAACACAAGUCCGUUUGGACAGCCCUUUAGUCAAGCUGGAGGGCAGCCAAUGGGAGCCACUGGAGUGAACCCGCAGUUAGCCAGCAAACAGAGCAUGGUCAACAGUUUACCCACCUUCCCUACAGACAUCAAGAAUACUUCAGUCACCAACGUGCCAAAUAUGUCUCAGAUGCAAACAUCAGUGGGAAUUGUACCCACACAAGCAAUUGCAACGGGCCCCACUGCAGAUCCUGAAAAACGCAAACUGAUACAGCAGCAGCUGGUUCUACUGCUUCAUGCUCAUAAGUGUCAGAGACGAGAGCAAGCAAACGGAGAGGUUCGGGCCUGCUCGCUCCCACAUUGUCGAACCAUGAAAAACGUUUUGAAUCACAUGACGCAUUGUCAGGCUGGGAAAGCCUGCCAAGUUGCCCAUUGUGCAUCUUCACGACAAAUCAUCUCUCAUUGGAAGAACUGCACACGACAUGACUGUCCUGUUUGCCUCCCUUUGAAAAAUGCCAGUGACAAGCGAAACCAACAAACCAUCCUGGGGUCUCCAGCUAGUGGAAUUCAAAACACAAUUGGUUCUGUUGGCACAGGGCAACAGAAUGCCACUUCUUUAAGUAACCCAAAUCCCAUAGACCCCAGCUCCAUGCAGCGAGCCUAUGCUGCUCUCGGACUCCCCUACAUGAACCAGCCCCAGACGCAGCUGCAGCCUCAGGUUCCUGGCCAGCAACCAGCACAGCCUCAAACCCACCAGCAGAUGAGGACUCUCAACCCCCUGGGAAAUAAUCCAAUGAACAUUCCAGCAGGAGGAAUAACAACAGAUCAGCAGCCCCCAAACUUGAUUUCAGAAUCAGCUCUUCCGACUUCCCUGGGGGCCACAAACCCACUGAUGAACGAUGGCUCCAACUCUGGUAACAUUGGAACCCUCAGCACUAUACCAACAGCAGCUCCUCCUUCCAGCACUGGUGUAAGGAAAGGCUGGCACGAACAUGUCACUCAGGACCUGCGGAGCCAUCUAGUGCAUAAACUCGUCCAAGCCAUCUUCCCAACACCUGAUCCCGCAGCUCUAAAGGAUCGCCGCAUGGAAAACCUGGUAGCCUAUGCUAAGAAAGUGGAAGGGGACAUGUACGAGUCUGCCAACAGCAGGGAUGAAUAUUAUCACUUAUUAGCAGAGAAAAUCUACAAGAUACAAAAAGAACUAGAAGAAAAACGGAGGUCGCGUUUACAUAAACAAGGCAUCUUGGGGAACCAGCCAACCUUACCAGCCCCGGGGGCUCAGCCCCCUGUGAUUCCACAGGCACAACCUGUGAGACCUCCAAAUGGACCUCUGUCUCUGCCAGUGAAUCGCAUGCAAGUUUCUCAAGGGAUGAAUUCGUUUAACCCCAUGUCCUUGGGGAACGUCCAGUUGCCACAAACACCCAUGGGACCUCGUGCAGCCUCCCCAAUGAACCACUCUGUCCAGAUGAACAGCAUGGGCUCAGUGCCAGGGAUGGCCAUUUCUCCUUCCCGAAUGCCUCAGCCUCCAAACAUGAUGGGUGCACACAGCAACAACAUGAUGGCCCAGGCGCCUGCUCAGAGCCAGUUUCUGCCACAGAACCAGUUCCCGCCAUCCAGCGGGGCGAUGAGUGUGGGCAUGGGGCAGCCGCCAGCCCAAACAGGCGUGUCACAGGGACAGGUGCCUGGUGCUGCUCUUCCUAACCCUCUCAACAUGCUAGGGCCUCAGGCCAGCCAGCUGCCUUGCCCUCCAGUGACACAGUCACCAUUGCACCCAACACCGCCUCCUGCUUCCACGGCUGCUGGCAUGCCAUCUCUCCAGCACACGACACCACCUGGGAUGACUCCUCCCCAGCCAGCAGCUCCCACUCAGCCAUCAACUCCUGUGUCAUCUUCUGGGCAGACUCCCACCCCGACUCCUGGCUCAGUGCCCAGUGCUACCCAAACGCAGAGCACCCCUACAGUCCAAGCAGCAGCCCAGGCCCAGGUGACCCCACAACCUCAAACCCCAGUUCAGCCCCCAUCUGUGGCUACCCCUCAGUCGUCGCAGCAACAGCCGACGCCUGUGCACGCCCAGCCUCCUGGGACACCGCUUUCCCAGGCAGCAGCCAGCAUUGAUAACAGGGUCCCUACCCCCUCCUCGGUGGCCAGUGCAGAAACCAGUUCCCAGCAGCCAGGACCUGAUGUACCUGUGCUGGAAAUGAAGGCGGAGACCCAGACGGAGGACACUGAGCCCGAUCCUGGUGAAUCCAAAGGGGAGCCCAGGUCUGAGAUGAUGGAGGAGGAUUUGCAAGGAGCUUCCCAAGUUAAAGAAGAAACAGACACAGCAGAGCAGAAAUCAGAAUCAAUGGAAGUGGAUGAAAAGAAACCUGAAGUGAAAGUAGAAGUUAAAGAGGAAGAAGAGAGUAGCACUAAUGGCACAGCCUCUCAGUCAACAUCUCCUUCGCAGCCACGCAAAAAAAUCUUUAAACCAGAGGAGUUACGCCAGGCCCUGAUGCCGACCCUAGAAGCACUGUAUCGACAGGACCCAGAGUCAUUACCUUUCCGGCAGCCUGUAGAUCCCCAGCUCCUUGGAAUUCCAGAUUAUUUUGACAUCGUAAAGAAUCCCAUGGACCUCUCCACCAUCAAGCGGAAGCUGGACACAGGGCAAUACCAAGAGCCCUGGCAGUACGUGGACGACGUCUGGCUCAUGUUCAACAAUGCCUGGCUCUAUAAUCGCAAGACAUCCCGAGUCUAUAAGUUUUGCAGUAAGCUUGCAGAGGUCUUUGAGCAGGAAAUUGACCCAGUCAUGCAGUCCCUUGGAUAUUGCUGUGGACGCAAGUAUGAGUUUUCCCCACAGACUUUGUGCUGCUAUGGGAAGCAGCUGUGUACCAUUCCUCGCGAUGCUGCGUACUACAGCUAUCAGAAUAGGUAUCAUUUCUGUGAGAAGUGUUUCACAGAGAUCCAGGGCGAGAAUGUGACCCUGGGUGACGACCCUUCACAGCCCCAGACGACAAUUUCAAAGGAUCAGUUUGAAAAGAAGAAAAAUGAUACCUUAGACCCCGAACCUUUCGUUGAUUGCAAGGAGUGUGGCCGGAAGAUGCAUCAGAUUUGUGUUCUGCACUAUGACAUCAUUUGGCCUUCAGGUUUUGUGUGCGACAACUGCUUGAAGAAAACUGGCAGACCUCGAAAAGAAAACAAAUUCAGUGCUAAGAGGCUACAGACCACGAGACUGGGAAACCACUUGGAAGACCGAGUGAACAAAUUUUUGCGGCGCCAGAAUCACCCUGAAGCCGGGGAGGUUUUUGUCCGAGUGGUGGCCAGCUCAGACAAGACGGUGGAGGUCAAGCCCGGGAUGAAGUCACGGUUUGUGGAUUCUGGGGAGAUGUCUGAAUCUUUCCCAUAUCGAACCAAAGCGCUGUUUGCUUUUGAGGAAAUUGACGGCGUGGAUGUCUGCUUUUUUGGAAUGCACGUUCAAGAAUACGGCUCUGAUUGCCCCCCUCCAAACACGAGGCGUGUGUACAUUUCUUAUCUGGAUAGUAUUCAUUUCUUCCGGCCACGUUGCCUCCGCACAGCUGUUUACCAUGAGAUCCUUAUUGGAUAUCUAGAGUAUGUGAAGAAAUUGGGGUAUGUGACAGGGCACAUCUGGGCCUGUCCUCCAAGUGAAGGAGACGAUUACAUCUUCCAUUGCCACCCACCUGAUCAAAAAAUACCCAAGCCAAAACGACUGCAGGAGUGGUACAAAAAGAUGCUGGACAAGGCGUUCGCAGAGCGGAUCAUUCAUGACUACAAGGAUAUUUUCAAACAAGCAACUGAAGAUAGGCUCACCAGUGCCAAGGAACUGCCCUAUUUUGAAGGUGAUUUCUGGCCCAAUGUGUUAGAAGAGAGCAUUAAGGAACUAGAACAAGAAGAAGAGGAGAGGAAAAAGGAAGAGAGCACUGCAGCCAGUGAAACCACUGAGGGCAGUCAGGGUGACAGCAAGAAUGCCAAGAAGAAGAACAACAAGAAAACUAACAAGAACAAAAGCAGCAUCAGCCGCGCCAAUAAGAAGAAGCCCAGCAUGCCCAACGUGUCCAAUGACCUGUCCCAGAAGCUGUAUGCCACCAUGGAGAAGCACAAGGAGGUCUUCUUUGUGAUCCACCUGCAUGCCGGGCCUGUCAUCAACACCCUGCCCCCCAUCGUCGACCCCGACCCCCUGCUCAGCUGUGACCUCAUGGAUGGGCGCGAUGCCUUCCUCACCCUUGCCAGAGACAAGCACUGGGAGUUCUCCUCCUUGCGCCGCUCCAAGUGGUCCACGCUCUGCAUGCUGGUGGAGCUGCACACCCAGGGCCAGGACCGCUUUGUCUACACCUGCAACGAGUGCAAGCACCACGUGGAGACACGCUGGCACUGCACUGUGUGCGAGGACUACGACCUCUGCAUCAACUGCUAUAACACGAAGAGCCAUGCCCAUAAGAUGGUGAAGUGGGGGCUGGGCCUGGACGACGAGGGCAGCAGCCAGGGCGAGCCACAGUCAAAGAGCCCCCAGGAGUCGCGCCGGCUGAGCAUCCAGCGCUGCAUCCAGUCACUGGUGCACGCGUGCCAGUGCCGCAACGCCAACUGCUCGCUGCCAUCCUGCCAGAAGAUGAAGCGGGUGGUGCAGCACACCAAGGGCUGCAAGCGCAAGACCAAUGGGGGCUGCCCGGUGUGCAAGCAGCUCAUCGCCCUCUGCUGCUACCACGCCAAGCACUGCCAAGAAAACAAAUGCCCCGUGCCCUUCUGCCUCAACAUUAAACACAAGCUCCGCCAGCAGCAGAUCCAGCACCGCCUGCAGCAGGCCCAGCUCAUGCGCCGGCGGAUGGCCACCAUGAACACCCGCAACGUGCCUCAGCAGAGUCUGCCUUCUCCUACCUCAGCACCGCCCGGGACCCCCACGCAGCAGCCCAGCACGCCCCAGACGCCGCAGCCCCCCGCCCAGCCCCAACCCUCACCCGUGAGCAUGUCACCAGCUGGCUUCCCCAGCGUGGCCCGGACUCAGCCCCCCACCACGGUGUCCACAGGGAAGCCUACCAGCCAGGUGCCGGCCCCCCCGCCCCCGGCCCAGCCCCCUCCUGCAGCGGUGGAAGCGGCUCGGCAGAUCGAGCGUGAGGCCCAGCAGCAGCAGCACCUGUACCGGGUGAACAUCAACAACGGCAUGCCCCCAGGACGCACGGGCAUGGGGACCCCGGGGAGCCAGAUGGCCCCCGUGAGCCUGAAUGUGCCCCGACCCAACCAGGUGAGCGGGCCCGUCAUGCCCAGCAUGCCUCCCGGGCAGUGGCAGCAGGCACCCCUUCCCCAGCAGCAGCCCAUGCCAGGCUUGCCCAGGCCUGUGAUAUCCAUGCAGGCCCAGGCGGCCGUGGCUGGGCCCCGGAUGCCCAGCGUGCAGCCGCCCAGGAGCAUCUCACCCAGCGCUCUCCAAGACCUGCUGCGGACCCUGAAGUCGCCCAGCUCCCCUCAGCAGCAACAGCAGGUGCUGAACAUUCUCAAAUCAAACCCGCAGCUAAUGGCAGCUUUUAUUAAACAGCGCACAGCCAAGUACGUGGCCAAUCAGCCUGGCAUGCAGCCCCAGCCUGGCCUCCAGUCCCAGCCCGGCAUGCAGCCCCAGCCCGGCAUGCACCAGCAGCCCAGCCUGCAGAACCUGAAUGCCAUGCAGGCUGCUGUGCCGCGGCCCGGCGUGCCUCCACAGCAGCAGGCGAUGGGAGGCCUAAACCCCCAGGGCCAGGCCUUGAACAUCAUGAACCCAGGACACAACCCCAACAUGGCGAGUAUGAAUCCACAGUACCGAGAAAUGCUACGGAGGCAGUUGCUGCAGCAGCAGCAGCAGCAGCAGCAGCAACAGCAGCAACAGCAGCAGCAGCAGCAAGGGAGUGCCGGCAUGGCUGGGGGCAUGGCGGGGCACGGCCAGUUCCAGCAGCCUCAAGGACCCGGAGGCUACCCACCAGCCAUGCAGCCGCAGCAGCGCAUGCAGCAGCAUCUGCCCCUCCAGGGCAGCUCCAUGGGCCAGAUGGCGGCUCAGAUGGGACAGCUUGGCCAGAUGGGGCAGCCAGGGCUGGGGGCAGACAGCACCCCCAACAUCCAGCAAGCCCUGCAGCAGCGGAUUCUGCAGCAACAGCAGAUGAAGCAGCAGAUUGGGUCCCCAGGCCAGCCAAACCCCAUGAGCCCCCAGCAACACAUGCUCUCAGGACAGCCACAGGCCUCGCAUCUCCCUGGCCAGCAGAUCGCCACAUCCCUUAGUAACCAGGUGCGGUCUCCAGCCCCUGUCCAGUCUCCACGGCCCCAGUCCCAGCCUCCACAUUCCAGCCCAUCACCACGGAUACAGCCCCAGCCUUCGCCACACCACGUCUCACCCCAGACUGGUUCCCCCCACCCCGGACUCGCAGUCACCAUGGCCAGCUCCAUAGAUCAGGGACACUUGGGGAACCCCGAACAGAGUGCAAUGCUCCCCCAGCUGAACACCCCCAGCAGGAGCGCGCUGUCCAGCGAACUGUCCCUGGUCGGGGACACCACGGGGGACACGCUAGAGAAGUUUGUGGAGGGCUUGUAGCAUUGUGAGAGCAUCACUUUUUUUCCCUUUCAUGUUCUUGGAGCUUUUGUACUGAAAAUCCAGGCGUCUGGGUUCUUUUUAUUCCUGGAUGGAACUGCGACCGCCAAGCCGUGGAAGGGUGGGUUGAUGUUUAAAGAGACAAUACAAAGAAUAUAUUUUUUUGUUAAAAACCAGUUGAUUUAAAUAUCUGGUCUCUCUCUUUUUGGGUUUUUUUUUUUUUUUUUUUUUUGGGGUUUUUUUUUUUCCUUUUUUUUUUUGUUUGGGGGGAGGGGGGUUUUGUUUGGAUUCUUUUUGUCGUCAUUGCUGGUGACUCAUGCCUUUUUUUAACGGGAAAAACAAGUUCAUUAUAUUCAUAUUUUUUAUUUGUAUUUUCAAGACUUUAAACAUUUAUGUUUAAAAGUAAGAAGAAAAAUAAUAUUCAGAACUGAUUCCUGAAAUAAUGCAAGCUUAUAAUGUAUCCCGAUAACUUUCUGAUGUUUCGGGAAGAUUUUUUUCUAUAGUGAACUCUGUGGGCGUCUCCCAGUAUUACCCCUGGACGAUAGGAAUUGACUCCGGCGUGCACACACACGUACACACACCCACACACAUCUAUCUAUACAUAAUGGCUGAAGCCAAACUUGUCUUGCAGAUGUAGAAAUUGUUGCUUUGUUUCUCUGAUAAAACUGGUUUUAGACAAAAAAUAGGGAUGAUCACUCUUAGACCAUGCUAAUGUUACUAGAGAAGAAGCCUUCUUUUCUUUCUUCUAUGUGAAACUUGAAAUGAGGAAAAGCAAUUCUAGUGUAAAUCAUGCAAGCGCUCUAAUUACUAUAAAUACAAAACUCGAGAAGAUUCAAUCACUGUAUAGAAUGGUAAAAUACCAACUCAUUUCUUAUAUCAUAUUGUUAAAUAAACUGUGUGCAACAGACAAAAAGGGUGGUCCUUGAAUUCAUGUACAUGGUAUUAACACUUAGUGUUCGGGGUUUUUUGUUAUGAAAAUGCUGUUUUCAACAUUGUAUUUGGACUAUGCAUGUGUUUUUCUCCCCAUUGUAUAUAAAGUACCGCUUAAAAUUGAUAUAAAUUACUGAGGUUUUUAACAUGUAUUCUGUUCUUUAAGAUCCCUGUAAGAAUGUUUAAGGUUUUUAUUUAUUUAUAUAUAUUUUUUGAGUCUGUUCUUUGUAAGAUAUGGUUCUGGUUGUUCACUCAUAGCGGAGAGGCUGGGGCUGCGGUUAUGGUUGUGGCGGCAUGGGUGGUGGCUGGGAACUGUGGCCCAGACUUAGUGGCUGCCUGGAGGCUUUUCUUCCCAGAGACUGAGGUGGGCGGCUCAGCGUUGGCCCCACACAUUCGAGGCUCACAGGUGGAUGUUGCUCACACAGUUAGGGUCGUCAGUUGGUCUGGAACUGCACGUGGCCCACUCCUCCAUCCUCCCUGUCCAUCACAGCUGCCACCCCCAGAGGCAGGGCUGCUUCCCGUGUUCAGGUGGCUCCCCACAUACACAGCUCCCAGAAUCUGAGGCAAAGAGUGCUCCAGGCUCGCGAGGUGCUUCCUGACUUCCCUCCACAUCCUGCGGCUGCCAUGCAGCAUGUCCCGUGUGGCCUUUGAGGAAAUGCUGAGGGACAGAUACCUUGGAGCACCAGCUCCAGUCCCUGUUGCAGUGAGAAAGGCACCCACUUCGGAGGAUACUUGCAUUUAGGCACAUGGUCUGCCUCCCUUGGAGUCCAGUUCCAGGCUCCCUUACUGAGUGGGUGAGACAAGUUCACAAAAACCAUACAACAGAGGAGGACCAUCGGCGGGGGAGCUGUUCAUCCCCUAGCCUACCACCCCCGAUAACCCAGAGAACUCACUUUAUCCCUAGUCCUCCAGCAAAGGCUGGUCUUGGUGGGGGGUGAUGGUAAAUUUGGAAAUCAUGGCCCAAAUAGCUUCCAUUUGGACCCUUUCCAUUCUCAGGUAUUGAUUUUACAUACUUAAAUACUUGGUGUGGGAAUCUAAAUUCGAGGAACGUGUCUGAGAAAUUGGAAACAUCCAAUCUAGUUUUAGCACAGAGUUUUGAACCUUGAGUUAUCAAAUGUAGAAUAAUUAAACCAAGUAAAAAUAAGACCACCAUCUGGCACCCCCCACCAGCCCCCGGUUCACCCCAUCCCAGGAGGGGAAGCACAGGCCAGGCCUCCGGGGAUUGCUGCCCCUGCUCGGCCUGCUGGGUUCUUACACCUCCACCGUCCUCUUUCCUUUUCCAGCCAUAGGGAAGCCUUGAGCCAUGUAUUCAGACAAGGGGUGGGGCUAGAGCCUGGGAGCAGUAGCUCUAAGCUCACACCCAGAAAGUGGCACCCUCCUGGUUGUGCAGCCUUUUAAUGUGGGCAGUGGAGGGGCCUCUGUUUCAGGUUAUCCUGGCAUUCAAAACUUUAUGUACCAACCUCAUCCUCUUUGGAGUCUGCAUCCUGUGCAACCGUCUUGGGCAAUCCAGAUGUCGAAGGAUGUGACCGAGAGCAUGGUCUGUGGAUGCUAACCCUAAGCUUGUCGUAAGGAAAUUUCUGUAAGAAAGCUGGAAAGCCCCAACGCUGUGUCUCAUGCUGUAUACUUAAGAGGAGAAGAAAAAGUCCUAUAUUUGUGAUCAAAAAGAGGAAACUUGGAAUGUCAUGGUGUUUAUAAUAAAAGAUGGUAAAACUA